GCUCUGCUGACCGUUGCCCCUCCGCCGGUGCUCAGGGACAGCUCCCUUGCCGCCUCGCCUCCCCUCCCCUCCCCGGCUCCGGUCACAUCUCCACAGUGCAGCCGGGGAGGGGAGGAGCCCUCCAGCGCGGAACCGGGGCUCUCGGCUCGGCCCGCCCUGAGGGGCGUGGGAAGGCGGGGCUGCGGACUUCGGACUCCAGCCCCCAACGCUCGGCUAUCCCUGACGCCCUCAGCUAUCUAUCCCUGGCUCUGAGGGAGCCAUGUCCGCGCUACUGGGGCUCCGGCCCGAGGUGCAGGACACCUGCACCUCGCUGGGGCUGAUGCUGUUGGUCGUUCUGCUCAUGGGGCUGGCCCGCGUGAUCGCCCGGCAACAGCUGCACAGGCCCAUGGCCCACGCCUUCGUCCUGGAGUUUCUAGCCACCUUCCAGCUCUGCUGCUGCACCCAUGAGCUCCAACUGCUGAGCGAGAAGGAAACCGCGCACCCCACUUGGACGCUGACACUGAUCUACUUUUUUUCCUUGGUGCAUGGUCUGACUCUGGUGGGCACAGCUAGCAACCCGUGCGGCGUGUUGAUGCAGAUGAUUCUAGGGGGUAUGUCCCCCGAGACCGGUGCCAUGAGGUUGUUGGCUCAGCUGGUUAGCGCCCUAUGCAGCAGGUACUGCGUAAGUGCCCUUUGGAGCCUUAGUCUGACCAAGUACCACUUCAUUGAGAGGAGCUUAGCUUGCAAGAAUCCCAUCCACACGGACAUGUCCAAAGCGAUCAUCACGGAAGCCAUCUGCUCCUUUAUUUUCCACAGCGCUCUACUGCACUUCCAGGAGGUCCGAACCAAGCUUCGCAUCCACUUGCUGGCUGCACUCAUCACCUUUUUGGCCUAUGCAGGAGGGAGCCUCACUGGAGCACUGUUUAACCCGGCUCUGGCGCUUUCACUGCACUACCCGUGCUUUGACGAAUCCUUCUAUCAGUUUUUUGUAGUAUACUGGCUUGCUCCUUCUCUAGGUGUGUUGUUGAUGAUCCUGAUGUUCAGCUUUUUCCUUCCGUGGCUGCACAACAACCAAAUGACUAAUAAAAAGGAAUAACCACUCCCAAAGACUCAAACUAUGUCACAGGACAGCCAAGCUGAAUGUGACAGAUGUGAUCACUUUUCAAACUCUGCCUGCACUGGACUCGUCACUGUUUCAACUGCCUUUGUGGAAGGUGUCUUAAUGUUUUCACUACCUGGACUUAAGUGUACUGUGAAAGUGAGGUAGCCUGUCUUUCUCGGUUAAGACUUGUUCUUUUGAGUGAUGUAUUAAAUGCUGCUAGAGAAGGCUUAAUCAUUAAACCUCUAUAAAUCCAAGGCGAUUACUCACUUCGAUGAAAGGCAAGUGAAUACAAAGUUAAGUCCGGGAGGACCACUGGUUGAGCAGGACCAAAGAAAUUCUGUGUUGUGUCCCUCUGAAUGAGCUGGACUCCAAAGCUCAACUGUCUCACUCACAGAGCUAAAGAAGGUGUUUUUCAGUCAUAUCCUCCUGACACUAUCAGUGAUGGCGCCUUUUAAUAGAAAAGUCGGUUUGGGAAAUACCUUUUAUAUCCACUCAUCAACAGGUUUCCCACUGGUUUGAUACAGGGAAGGUCUCACUUGUGCCUGGCUGGCCUGAAGCUUCCUAUGCCUCAAACGUGCAGCGAUCCUUUUGCCUCUGCCUCCCAAGUGCUGGGAUUAGAGGGGUGUGCCGCCACAACCAGGGUUUUUGUUUUUGUUUGGGGGUAUGGUCUCUCAUGAUGUAGCACAGGCUAGCCUUGAACUCACCAUCCUCUUGAAUUGCUAGAAUUGUAAGUAUAUACUACCACAACUGCCUCAGGCUUCAUAGAUUUUAAAUAUAUUCUAAUGCCUAAAAUAUUUCUCUUGAGUAGACAAUUUAAGUCAAAUUGUCUCCUUUAAUAGAAUAUAGUAAAAUACCCACACACAGCCAUGAUUUGAUCUUUUCGCUUUCACAAUUGCACUUGACAGCUACCUGGAGACGAGCAGGUAGGUUUUCCAUGCUGCUUUAGUUCUGUAAUGAUAUACUGACAUACUCAAAUGACAUUCUAAAGACGAAAUGUGGAAAUAAACUCAACCUCCAUUGUACAAGAUCGGAAGCUAGGCUAGAGGUGUGCUUUGUGGUCCCACCCACCGUCAAAGAGGUAAAUGUAACUCUACACUAACAUUUCAGCAACAAAACUUCUUUUCAGUUGUCACCAACUGGAGGAAAGGUGCUGAGGAAACAUUAAAUUCUUUUUAUUAAAUUUA